GUCCCAACUUCCCACUAGAGUUGUUGCAAACGUUGUCCGGGUUGGUCGUCGUUUUGCUUGUGCUGUGCUGUCUCAAGUCGUUCUUCUCUUGAUACAUACAUCUUUACAUUCUUUUGUUCUCAUCAUUCCGUGCAUAAGAUUUCCGACACUGAGGGAAAACCAGCAAGAAUCAUCAUAAUUUGAAAUUGGAAACCUUCAUGGUUUGUUCGCAUUAACGACUGAGAGACAGAAUUCCAGGUUCCAGUAAGAAACGCCACAAUGAGGAAUCACCUCACCUCCUCAGCAUUGUUCAGUGCCUUGGUUUUGGUGUGCCAUUGUUUGGCAAAGGAGAAGCAUACCGUGGGCCGAUCUCUGGGGCGAAGUCAAGUCGGAACGUUGUAUGACCUGAGGAGCAAGUUGGCCCGAUCUGCCCCCUCCUCGUCAUCAUCCUACCCGUCCUACCCCUCCUCCCCCUCGUCGGCUUCGGCUGCUGCUGCAAAAGAGGCGCGAGGCUACUCCUUUCACUACAAUCCCUCCGACAUUUCCCAUCCAGCUUUCUCCUCGAGCUACGCCUCGCAAGACUUUCACAGUCGGAUGGGGAAGAUUUCCGACCAGCAACAGCAACAACACAUGCCAGCCAAGAAGAAACAGGCUGAGACCAAGAAUUGGGACAAGUACUCGAAAUAUGCCUACAAAACUUCAAACUCCAACGGAGAGGAGAUUCCGAUGGUCAACAGCUUCACAAUUUUCCACAAUGAGACUACCGAAUUGGGGGUGGUUGGUAGUUCGACCACUUCAACCACACAAGCCAGCACGACCACGACCACCUCCACCACGAACAAGGCGAGCAGUAGUGGUAGCACCAACAAUAAGGCCGUGACAUCUUCUCCCCCUGGAAAAACCGCUUCCAGUGGUGGCUUCGAUCUGAGCAAGAUUGCCUCCAUCGGACUCGGAAUCAAUGAUGCCAUGACGUCUGUCCUCACUCAAAAGUUGAUGACAAUGAUUGAUCAAGACUUUCCUCAAGGAAUUCUCAAACCACUCAAGCACUUGGUGUCUUCGGGGAAUCGAAUGGUCGAAUUUUGGGACAAACGAGCCAACGCAAGGGACGGGAAGCCGCCAGGGAUCGUGGAAAUGUUGGGGUAUGGAAUCGAACAGUUGAAAAAGUAUCGGGACGGACUUUCCAUGAAGGCGUCUGACCCAAUUGUGAAUAUCACGUCGCCCUCGAAAACUCUGAUUCAAGGCAUGGUCACCGUGAAGAAAUUGACCAAUCGAGUGUUGGGGUAUGACACGGAAGAAGCCGCCGUGGAGAGUCGAGGGGGUUAUGGACACGAUUCUUAUGGGGGAGGUGGUUAUGGACAUCACGUGAGCUAUGGGGGAAUGAGUGGACUUGACCCUUUCGCCCUCCUGGCUGCACUGGCUUUUGGAGCGUUCCUUUUGCAGCUUCUUUUAACCCUUUUGAACACAAGUGCUCGGUCCCUCGAUGUGGUUGACUUGAACACGCCACUCGUACUCUCCGAUUUUCAUGUACCUAGUUUCAUGACCAAGAUGGACAAAAUCUUUGGAACCCCAACCACCCGGACGCGAAGAUCGGUCGAUGACGACGAGGAGAACGCCGUCUUCAACUCCAUAAUUGACAAGCUGGACGGGAUGUACAAGACGUACCGCGUCGUGUCCAACAAACCUUCAUGUGCCAGACUCUACCUGUGUCGAUUAGCUGUCCAGGACGCGGAUGCGGAUGAGACCACCUACUCCUCAAAGUUCUACAUGUACGGGCUGAAGCAUCUUGUGGGCGACACUUCUGCCAAUGAUUUUGUGAGGUCGAUACAGUCCAGGGUGGCCAAGGGGGAGGAGGUCGACUGUUACAAAGAGGUGAGUGAGGCUUGCAAUCCAUCCGAUGAAGAGUGAUUAAUCCGUCCACCCACCACAAAAAACGUAUCAUGGUCAAACUCUAAUAAUUCUCCCUCAAUCCCACCCAAUCGAGGACUGCGAAAAUUCCCUAAAAGUUCCAAUUCCGAAGAGGAGAAUAAUAAAUUUCUUCCAAAAUGUUAUGAAUGUUGAAUAAGCGAGUAGAAAAAUGCUUCCUAUAUAAUUAAUCAAUCAAGCUCACUAUUCGAGACAUAUAAUAUCCGAACUUAACUCACAUACACACAUGUACAUAACCACAACUACUCAUAUACUUUAUUUAUUGUACCAUUUAUUGAAACAAGUAUGCAAUGAAAGCAAUAAUAUGAUAAAUUUAUUUAUAGUAGAAAAUAGAAACAAUAUAGCAAAAAAUGUUUAAACCUCCACAGGAUUAAAUUUUUUGUUUUCCCGAUUCGGCCAAUACAAUGCUUUAUUUAUAUAUAUAUUUAUGAAAUUGUACUGUUUGUUCCAAGUUUUUGAUGUAUUUAGUUGUCUUUUUAUUUAUGUCGCCUGCGUAUAAUUCCAUUCAACUAUGUGCUGAAAGAUAUUACUAUUUUUUGAGAA